UGAACAUGUUGAGGAAAUUUAAUAGAGUAACAACUUAACGUGUACAAUAUUGGGAUUCAUCUUUAAGUGAACCUCAUGGCUUUUGGAAGUACCUUAUCAUGCACUGUACAAAAGUAUUUGAAUCUGCAUUCAUUAAGUGCACAUGAACCGUUUUCUAAUCACAAUAAGUCAGAGAGGAGUCAUCAACUUAUCAGUGAUAAGUUAUCUCUAAAGAAUUUCAAACUGGAAGAAUCAGAAGACUUGUGCAACGUCGCGUUCCCUGUCUAUAUUAACGAGUACGGAAGACAUCUGAAUUUUAUUGCAUCCGUUAUUCAAAAUCAACCUUCUAAACAAAGCGCCAUUUUCAUAUUCAUUCGAUCACAAAAUUCAGACUUGAAUCAAACAGGUCUGAUAUUACGUGAUAUAAUUCUGUUGAACGAUGAAUUCAGUUGUGAGGUAGAUGAACCUGAUCAUAUUUGUGUAACUGGUAGACGAUGGUUAUUCAAUCAUAAUCAUCAAAAUAAUUUAUUAAUACAUGAAAAUUUGAAUCCUAUAAAUAAAAGUCAACAUAAUGCAUCAUUAAAGAAUAAUCAUAAUCAUAAUAGUAAUAAUAUAAAUUAUGAUAAUGAAUCUAUUUUGAUUGGUCAUAUGGAUUCAUUAAAACAUUUUAAUGAUAAUCCAAUGAAAGUAGACAAUGGGAAAUCACAAUGUCGUAUAAAUAAUACUUAUGGAUCAUCACAAUUUAUAAGUUUAUUAUUGGAAUUUUUCAAUAUUGAUGAUACAUUAGAAUUUUAUGAAUUGCUUAUUCAAUAUUCUAUAAAACAAUCAAAUUGUUUAUCUGUACCAGAAUUAACAAUUAUGUCAAAGAAUCAAAUACAUUUCUAUUUAAAUGAUGACAUAAUAUCAUUAUCUAAUAAUUCACAACAACAAUUUAAUUGGUUAAAUAAAUAUCUAGACAAAGAUUCAUUCGAAUUGGCUCCAAACUUACAGGAUUCUAGCAGUUUACUUGUGUCUGAUUCAAGUAGUAUCAAUGAAAACAGAUAUGAUUAUUUGAAACCUGCAUCUACAUGUGUUAAAACAAAUAGUUGUCCAAGUUUAGAGAAUUCUAAAUUAUCUGCUCAAAGCAAAUAUACUAAAGUAAAGAGAAAAGUGUCUAAACGAUUAGUUAAAAUACGUCGUUGUCAAUCUUCUGUAUCCCCGCCGUCAAUAAAAAAACUGGAAUCAAAGCCUGCAAAACCGAUGAAAAAGAGUUCAUUAGCUGUAUCACAAAACAAUUUGAAUUACUCCUCAGACAGUUUAGCAGAAAUAGGUUUGACUUCACCGCAUAGUUUUUCCGAUCUACGUUUCACAAAUGAUUCAUGGAAUAAAUGUAGAUAUACUAAACCAAAGAAUAACAUUCUGUCGAAUUCAACUAUUAAUUAUCCUAAAAACAGAAAGAUUAGUAUAUUUAUUGGAACAUGGAAUGUGAAUGGUCGUAAUGGUAGUAAUUUAAAUUUAGAUGACUGGCUUAUACCUCCUGAAGGUCAACCACCAGCUGAUAUGUAUGUUCUUGGAUUACAAGAAUUGGAUUUAAGACUUAAAGUAAUUACUCUCAAUAAGACUAGUUCAUCAGGACCAGAGGAUUUAUGGAUUCAACAAAUAGAAGAAGCGUUAGGUGGUUUAUUGAAACCACCUCGUUCUAAGUAUAAUGUAGUUUGUCAAAAUGAAACUGAAUCAACUAAAAGUUUUGCAGCUUAUUGGUUUCAGUACACCGGUGGGGGCUAUAUACGCAUUAGACGUGUUCGUCUAGCUGGUAUCAUGAUGAUUGUGUACAUCUCAGCCAAAUUAUCCAUUCAUUUACGUCAUGAUGAAAUCUCUCAACAUAUUGUUCCAACUGGUGUUUUAAAUGUAAUGGGUAAUAAAGGUGGUGUAUGUCUUAGACUAACUAUAUUUAAUACUUCAUUAUGUUUUGUAAAUUGUCAUUUGGCUGCUGGCAAAGAAAAAAUUGAUCGUCGUAAUCAAGAUUUCAAAGAAAUUGUACGUAAAAUGUCAUUAUUAUUCCCUAUAAAUCCAAAGCGUUUUCCAUUUCCUACGAAAAAAUCUUAUUUUUCAAUCCAUGAUGUAAUUUUUGUAUUUGGAGAUUUGAAUUAUCGAAUAACCGGUUUGGAUUCAGAUAAUGUCAGGAGAUUAAUUCGGCAAAACAAUUACGUCAGUCUACUUAAGAAUGACGAGUUAUCAAAAGAAAUGAACAGUAGAAAGAUAUUUCAAGGUUUUCGAGAACAUAAAAUUACUUUCCCGCCAACAUAUAAAUUCGAUAUUAAUUAUCAGACAUAUGAUUCAAGUGAAAAAUAUCGUAUUCCUGCCUAUUGUGAUAGAAUUAUUUGGUUUGGUCGAGGUUGUACACCAAUUGUUUACAGAUCACAUCCAAAUUACAUAUGCAGUGACCAUAAACCUAUAUCAGGUUAUUUCUUAGUUGAAGUAAGUUUACUCGACACCUUUAGAUAUGAAUACUAUAUGGAUUAUCAAAAAGAAAAAAAUCUAUUUGUUAAUUGUUUUUACUUACUUACUUACUUACGCCUAUUACUCCCAAUGGAGCAUAGGCCGCCGACUAGCAUUCUCCAGCCCACUCUGUCCUGGGCCAUCUUUUCUAGUUCCGUCCAAUUCUUGUUCAUUUUUCUCAUAUCUAUCUCCAUUUCCCGGCGUAAUGUGUUCUUCGGUCUUCCUCUUUUCCUUUGGCCUUGAGGAUUCCAUGUGAAGGCUUGUCUUGUGACGCAGUUGGGUGUUUUCCUCAAUGUGUGUCCUAUCCACUUCCAGCGCUUCUUCCUGAUUUCUUCCUCCGCUGGGAUCUGGUUUGUUCCCUCCCACAGUACGUUGUUCCUAAUAAUGUCCGGCCAACGGAUCUGAAGUAUUUUGCGUAGACAACUGUUAAUAAACACCUGUAUUUUCUGGAUGAUGGAUUUCGUAGUUCUCCAGGUUUCUGUCCCAUGCAGUAGAACUGUCUUGACAUUUGUAUUGAAAAUCCUGACGUUGGUGUUGGUUGACAGUUGUUUUGACUUCCAGAUGUUCCUCAGUUGUAAAUAUGAGUUAGCGUUUUUUUUAGCGGGUUAGUUUUCUACGGGAUGGGGACGCUAACCCCAUGCCCAACCCUCCUCCUUUAUCCGGGCU